CCCCCCUAGACGGCGAGCAGACGGGGCUAUUUUUGCCCCCCACCCCCCCGGUUCGCUGGCGCGCACGUGCUCCGCGUGAGCGAGCCCAACAUCUGUGCGCGAGCUGUCAGUGUUGUCGGCUUUAUGCGAAACGCGAGUCCGACUCGGUGUGUAGUUUCCACCCACGAGCUGUCUGAAACGACUUGAACGCGCGCGCGCACGCACGCUCCUUAAACACGGGGCAAACAAUAGGACAUUUCGGCACAUUGCGGAGCAUCUCGGGGCCUCGCAGCGAACACAUGAGGCCCGGUUGACAAGAUGGACCUGAAUUUCUACUCGGACUUAACGGACGGUACCGGGCCGCACGACGGGGACCCGCAGUUCCUGGACCCGCAGUCCUUUAAUGGAUUUGACACUGACAGCAAGUUCCCUGGAGGCAGUGACAACUACCUGACCAUCUCCGGGUCCAGCCAUCCCUUCCUCUCCUCUUCAGAGACGUUCCACACCCCCAGCCUCGGCGAUGAGGAGUUCGAGAUACCCCCCAUCUCGUUGGACCCGGACUCGGCCCUCACCGUGUCCGACGUGGUCUCCCACUUCGGGGAGCUGUCGGACUCCGGCCCCCCGGACAGCGUGGCGGUCCCGGGGAACGCCGUGGUCGAAGGGGACGACCCGUCUUUCGCCUCCACCUUCGUCAACGCCCCCUCGCGGGGACUCGAGCACCUGAGUCUGGGAGCGAUCACCCAGUCGGGAGGCAGCGCUCUGUUGGGCUCGUCACUUGGAAUGGAUCUCGGUCAUCCCAUCGGCUCCCAGUUCAGCGGCUCGUCCCCGGUGACCAUCGACGUGCCGCUGGGCGACAUGAGCCACGGCCUGCUGGGCUCCAGCCAGCUGACCACCAUCGACCAGUCCGAGCUCAGCGCCCAACUGGGGCUCGGCUUGGGGGGCGGCGGCCUGCUGCAGCGCCCGCAGUCGCCCGACAACCCUCUGUCGGCCACGGCGUCGCCGACCAGCUCGCUCCAGGACGACGACAUGGACAAUUUCCAGAGGAGCGUCCUGGUGGAGUCUCCGGUCUCUCUAGCCGUCUCUCCCCACGGGGUCAUCUCCCUCGACCCCUCCCUGUCAGACUCCCUGCUCUCCGCCUCCAGCGCCGCGGCGCCCGCCCGGCGGAAAGAAGGAGGAGCGGCGGGCGGCAAGACGGGCAAAGCGGGCAAAGCUGGGAAGGCGGGCAAGGCGGGGAACAACGAGAAGGACCCCAACGAGCCUCGGAAACCCGUGUCGGCCUACGCGUUGUUCUUCAGGGACACGCAGGCGGCCAUCAAGGGACAAAACCCCAACGCCACGUUUGGAGAAGUGUCGAAGAUCGUGGCGUCCAUGUGGGACAGCCUGGGGGAGGAGCAGAAACAGGUUUACAAGAGGAAAAACGAAGCGGCUAAGAAGGAUUACCUGAAGGCGCUGGUCGAGUACAGAGCCGGCAAGAGCGCUCAGGCCCCCAUUGAGGUCAUGGACACCUCCCCGUCGCCUCCAUCGCCCCCACCUUCAGCCCUGGUUCCCGCCGUCAUGGCGACGCACGCCUCCGUCCUCGCCGCUCGCUCCACCAGGUCGCAGCACUACAACCCCGAGGAGAACACCAUCACCAACAUCUGCACCUCCAACAUCAUCCUCGACCUGCCGCAGGUCACCACGCGCUCCCGCACCGGCGCCAUAAAACCGCAACCUCCGCCCGCCCCCGUCCUGCCGAACCCGCCAACCGUCGCCAAGAUCAUCAUCAAGCAGAUGCAGCUGCCCUCCGGCGCCGUGUCGGUCACGGCGAUAUCCGCCCCCUCCUCCUCGCCGCGCCAGCCGCCGCCGCUGCAGCAGAUGCAGAGCACCUCCCUACCGCCUCGGCUGCAGCAGAUGGUGCACGCCCAGGCCCCGCCCCCUCUGCAGGCCAAACCACGGGGCGGAGGCGCAGUCGUCGUCGUCGGCGCUGCGGCGCCGCCUCCGCCGCUGCAGAUCAAGGUCGUCCCGUCGUCGCGGCAGGCGGAUUCGAUCAUCGUGACGUCAGCCGGCGAGGCGCCCACGUCGGCGUCCCCCUCGGGUCUGACGAUGGAGGUGGGGCAGUCGGCGGAUGUGGUGGCGGGAGGGGAGGAGGAGGAGGAGGAGGAGGAGGCGGAGCUGGAGGAAGGGAUGGAGGUAGAGGUGAACGUCGCCCCCGUCCCCAGCGCGACGCCCGCCGCCAGCCGCAGCGUCUGCAUCCGCGCCGGCUGCACGAGGCCGGCGGUGGAGAGCCAAGACUGGGACGAGGAGUACUGCAGCAACGAGUGUGUCGCCGCACACUGCAGUGACGUGUUCAUGGCGUGGUGCGCUAUCCGAGGGCAGAACUCCACCUCCGUGGCGUAAGCAGAGAGUAACUUGUGAGGGGGGGGUCCGGUAUCGGCACAUAGAGCUCUGUUUCGGUCGCGUCGCCACGACGACGAAAGACGAAGCGGUCACAAAAAUCGACACUUUUCAAACGAACUCUCAAGCAGAGAAAGAAGAAAAAGAAACUUUUAAUUAUUUGGGGAAAAUACUGCAAAUGGGAAUGACGACUCGCAGUGAGGACACGCUAUGAUAACACUGAAGGAGAAGGAACUUCCAAUCGAUCCUCUAUCGUGAAUCUGAAGUAUGGGUUUGCUAAAUAAAAUAAAAAAAGAAUGUUUUAUACGGA